CACGCCCCCAACUCCCCGGACCGCGGCCCCGGAAUUGAAAGGCGCGGCGGCCGGACGUGCCGAGCUGAGCGCCUGGGAGGGCGAAGGCCAGGCUCGCUUUCUCUUUCGCUCUCUCUCUUGCAUUGUCUUCCUUGCUCACUCCACCUCCUCUAAGUCCUUCGCUUUAUCCUGCGGCCUCGUGUCAGGUUAAUUAGUCACAAUGUCGAAACAUCCCACCAAAGAUUCCUUAAAGGAUAAGGUCAAGAACCUCCUGGGACUGGGACAAAAUCCACACGUCAAGGACAUACCCGAGUACAAGCCUGUCGAGUUCAUCAUCACGGAAGAUCGCCUCAGGGACAUGAAUGCGGAAAAUGGCUUUAGUAACAGAAUUAAAGCAAUAAAAGAAAUGUCCGACCUUGUUAAAACCAAGAGACUGGAAGAGCAUGCAGUGGAAGCUUUGUGGUGCACAGUGUCAGACCUGCUGAUGCCUGAGCAGCCUCCCGAAGCCAGGCACACAGUACUGUCUCUACUCAAAGCUAUCAUUCAAGGACAGGGUAACCGUUUGGGUAUCCUCCGUGUGAGCUUCUUCCGAAUAGUCAGGGACUAUCCUCUGAAUGAUGACCUCGUCCAGAGGAUGGAAAUCUUUAAAGCCUUGACGGAUCACGGAAAGGAUAUCACUUACAUUGAUGAUGACAUAGGCCCCUUUAUUCUGCAAUGGAUGGACGAGACCAGGCAGAAUGAACUGACGUUGGACUUUCUUUACAUUCUGGUCAACAUCGUCAAGUUCAACUCAUCUUACCUAGAUCAGGACAAGGUUGCUCAGAUAGUUCACAAAAUCUACCGUCUUUGUAACAUGACUAAUCAAGCAGCUGAUAUAGAGGCUUCUCUAAGGGUGCUAGACGCCGUGGUUUGCUACAGCUGCCUGCCGUCAGGAUCGCUGUGCGCCUUCAUUGUCACGCUGUGCCGUACGGUGAACGUCAAGGAGUUCUCAGAGGCCUGCUGGAAGCUGAUGCGAAAUCUUCUUGGGACCCACCUUGGACACAGUUGUGUCCGUACCAUGUGCCAAAUCAUGGAGAGCCGAGAAUAUCAGAAGGACAUUCCUGUGCUGCGUGGGGCUGUGUUUUUUGUCGGCAUGGCUCUCUGGGGUGCUCAUCGUUUGCCUUCACUGAAGAACACCCCCACCUCUGUGCUACCCUCCUUUCUCAAGGCCAUGACGGAAGACAACGUGGUGGUGUCGUACGAGAUCGCGCUAUCGCUCACUCGCCUCGUCAGGAAGUACGGCCGCGAACUGCAGGUGGCCACCUGGGACAUCGUUCUCGACGUCAUCGAGAAGCUGGUCGUCCAAGUGCAGCUCUUCAACAAUGCAGACUUCUGCGUGAAGGUGCAGGAUCAGCUGAUUGCCAUCGAGGAACUGCACGCGAGGGAUGAGUAUCACGGCUGCGUCGAGCGCUACUUCACGCUCGUGGAACGUUGCACAGACCACAGGCCAGCGCGGCCGUGUGAAGGGCUCACGAAAUUACACCAACGCCAAGAGAUAAUGCCCGAGUGCCAGUCUGUGCUGACCUUGCUGACCUAUCGUGCUCAGUCCAUCCAUCCUGCCAAAGACGGCUGGAUAUUGGAACUGCAGAAGAUGAUGGAGAAAUAUUUCAGAAUGCAGACGUCCAGCGUCAUCCGCAAGAAGUGUCUGGAGAUCCUUUUCUCGGUGCUCGGCACGCACAGGCAUGUCUACGAGGAGGAGUUGAUGGAAUCGGUCCUCAUCCCACACCUGAACGCCGUGGUGGAGGACCGCGAGGUGGCCGUGCGCAAGUUCGCCACCCAGAAGCUGGUGGAGCUGGCGCUGACCUGCAGUUCGAGCCACUUCAACAGCCUCCUCGACGCCCUGCAGAAGAUAAGCAGUCGAGAGAUGGUGGAGCACACGGCCUCUGAGGCCGUGGAGGAGGAGCUCAUGGAAUCGCCUUAUGACGAUAUCAAGACUGCGGUGUUUGGACUUUUAGAAAUCCUGCAGAGCAAGCUGUUUUUGUUGCCAGCCAACCAUGCUGUUCAAGUGUAUGAGAUUCUGAUAGCACACCUCCAGAAACACUACAGGAUGGGCUACAACAUGGAUGUGGCUAAUGCUAUUAGAAUUCAGGUCUUCGGCUUCUUGCUGUCCUUGCGGGCGGACUCGACUGCUCGCAUGGGGUUUGUGGACAAGCGCGGCGAGCUCCGCUUCAGCGUCUACUGCCUCUGCGACACCAGUGACGUGGAGAAGCGAACCAGCGACGUGGCUUCCGUGCCGUCGGACAGUCCCAUUGCCCUGCACCAGCAGAGCCUUCCCUUCCGCUUCGGCCACCUGCCCUUCUGCCGCACGUUCAGCACCCUGCUGCAGUGCAUCCAGCAGGAGGAGGACUGGAAGGUGCUGCGGUUUGUUCUGGGCAAGAUCCCGUCCCUGCUGCAGAACAAGAUCCUCAUCAUGAGCUCCCAGUGCUCUGUGGAUACCCUCUGCAAUUGCCUUUGCAAAAUGGUGAGCAGUAAAAAGAUCAAGGAGUCCAACAUCGUUGCCGGGGAAGUAUUCUCAUGCACCGACCUCCAGAUGGUCAUCUUCCCCAUCCUCAACGCGCUCACAUCCUACCACAGCCUGCUGGACACCGCAAGACAGAGGGAGCUGGUGCAGUGUCUGGAUGCGGGGCUGAUCUCGCGCUGUGCGAAGCAGUGCGUCAUGGCGCUGACCAUGUGCGUGCUUGAGAUGAGUGACAUCAUGUUCAAGAUGCUGCCUUCCAUCCUGCUCAAGCUCACGCACAUCUCCGCCACUGUGGGCAUGGCGUCCUCCGUGCUCGAGUUCCUGUCAUUUUUGGUUCGCCUGCCCCACCUCUACACAAACUUCGUGGCAGAGCAGUACAUCAGCGUGUUUGCAAUCUCCCUCCCGUACACCAACUCUUUCAAGUUCACCCAGUACGUUGUGUCACUGGCGCACCAUGUGAUUGCCAUGUGGUUCAUCCGUUGCCGCCUUCCAUUCAGAAAGGACUUUGUGCAGUACAUCACUAAGGGCCUGCGCUCCAACGCGCUACUGCCGUUUGAUGAGCAGCAUUUGAGGAGCGCUCAGCAGAGUGCUCAGCAGAGCGCUCAGGAGAGCGCUCAGCAGAACGCCGACCAGAGCAACUUCCGCGCACGCAGUACGAGCCUGAGCGACAAGCCCACACGCAGCCUGCGUUCUGCGCGGCCAAGCAGGCAGCCAGGCUUGGGUAGCUCGUCCCCGAUUAAAGACGUUCGCGAGCUCCCUCUGGCAGCGUCGUUCAGGUCGCGAAGCAUCAGUGUGUCGGAUCAAGUCCACCGCAGGAUGGAGACGCGGCUGGGCGGGAUGACUUCCGGCUCGAUGGAGGAGAACGCUCCUCUCGCUGACGACAGCCUCAAGCUGGUUCACCUGGAGCUCACGGAGAUCUGCCUCGACAUGAUUGCCCGCUUCGCCUUCUCCAACUUCUCCACGAUGCCCAAACGGUCACCUGCGGCGGAGUUCCUUCUGGCCGGCGGGCAGACCAUGUCGUGGCUCGUGGGCAACAAAAUCAUCACCAUCACCACCAGUGCCGGCGCCGGGCCCAAGUCCCUGCUGGGGCCACGCUCGAAGGACUCUCAGAGCAGCGACUCGGACCGCGACGGCGACAGAUCUCCAGGCAGCGGGCAGGCGGGGGCAUCCAAGGAGGCUCCGGGGAAGCUGGAGAGCCAGGAGAGCCAGCAGCCCGUGCACUCCGGUCGAGUGCGCCAGCGAUCCGUCUCAGGUGGGCACGCCCUGAGGGCCUGCUACUCCAGCGACCUGAGCCCCCUCUCCGUGGCAGCAGAGCCCAGCGGUACCAGCAUGGCAACGUCGGCUGCAACGGGACCGGGUUCCACCACCACAGACACUGCAACCACUGCCACCACCACCAGCAGCGCCACUUCCACCGCCGCCGCCGCUCCAGUGAAAGCCGCCACCCCGGCCAAGGAAGCGGCAGCAUCACAAGCGAAAAAGCCCAAGGAGAAAGAGCCCCCUCGGCUGUCCGAUUGCGCCUCCAUGAUCACGCAGGGAUGGGCCGAGAUUCUCAUCCGACGGCCGACAGGGAAUACUUGCUGGAUGAUGAAGAUUGAGAACCCGGCGAGCCCUUACUCAUCCGCGAUCAAGACUUUGCCACUGCAGGACCUCUCUGCCGUGCUGCUCGCCCCAGACUCGACUGCUGGCUACCCAGCGGGGAGCAAGCAUGACGAACCCCGCGACCCUAGCGACCCCGGGCGCAGAGAUGGCGAGAACUCGGAGGGGCGGACACGCAAGACGUCCAUGAAAAGUCAGGUGAUGGACCCGGACGCCAGCCGACAUCACACUCUGCAGAGGUCUAAUACAGUGUCAGGUGACUGCUCUCCCUGGCAAUCCAGUUGCAAGAAUAAGUUAAGCAGAAGCAUUUCGUGGGCAGAGUCUGUGGUGAUGGAGGAACUAAUUGCGUCUGGGAGCAAGGCCUCCUCGUCGCCCUCUAAUGCCAUCGAAAGGUUUGACGACUUCCACGUCUUCAUGCCAACGUCGGAGGUGGAGAGCAAGUUUAUGCGCUCCGAGCCCCUGCCCUCCCUCUCAAUCCACGGUGACGGCAAUGAAGGACGACAAAGGAUGCUCGUGAGCAGGUCAUCAUCAUCGUCGAGCCAGGGGGAGGAGAGCUUGCCCACGACCGCGGGCGUUCCCAUCGACCGCUCGAGCGCAGCCCCAGGGGGGUCGCACGACAGCGAGGAGGAACAGCUGCAGCACCUGCAGGUUCUGAAUAAGUCAAGCUCCUCACCUGAGCUCUCCACACUCCACGACCGCGAGUGGGAGCUGCAGGUUUGUGCCGUCGAACUCUCAUCUGCUCCCUUAUUCGAGUCUUCGAGCCCAGUGGCCGACACAGCAGGGGCUCGGGGCAGCCGAGAUGAGGCCAAUCGUGGCGCGACUCUGAGCCCGCCUGCACCUGCGACGGCAACGGCGGCAGUGGCGGCGGCGGCAGGAGGAGUGGCGGCGGCAGCUGCGGACACAGAGCCGGCAUUGGCGACGUCGCCCUCAACCUCCUGCCAGCACCGCCCGCGUGGCCACACGAUCUCGGAGAGCGCGUCGUACUGGCGCCGCAAGAGGGCAGAGUUCAAGGUCAACAAGAGCGCCGCGGAGAAGAUGACCGCUGGCAUCAGCCCCAGCUUCGUGUUUUUGCAGUUCUACUACUCGCCUCUCUUUGGAACCGAGGCCAGUCGCCCCAUCCUUUGUCCCAAGACUCAGGCGGUCGAGCGAUCAAUCAAGAUGAUGGACAGAAUCCCACCGUACGACACGCACAAGAUUGGCGUGAUUUACGUAGGCGAGGGGCAGGUGAAGAACCAGACGGCCAUGCUGAUGAACGAACACGGCUCCCCACGCUACGUCAGCUUCGUGCAGGGCCUGGGCCGCCUCAUCAGCUUGCGGGACUGCGACGCGGACCAAAUCUACCUGGGCGGCCUGGACACGAAGGGGGAGGACGGGGACUUUGCUUACUGCUGGCACGACGACGUCAUGCAGACCAUAUUCCACGUCGCCACGCUGAUGCCCAACAUGGAGAGGGAUCCUGUGUGCUGCAACAAGAAGCGACACGUUGGAAACGACUUCGUCAUGAUAGUGUACAACGACUCGCAGGAGGACUACCGCAUGGGGAUCAUCAGGGGCCAGUUUAAUUUUGUGGAGGUCGUGAUCAAACCCCUGGACUACGAAUGCAGCCUGGUGACUAUACAGGCCAGGAAAGAUCUUGAAGGGCUGAUUGAUACGACCGUGGCAAAGAUAGUCUCGGACAAGAACCUUCCCCUCUUGGCUCGGCAGAUGGCUUUGCAUGCCAAUAUGGCAUCACUUGCUCAUCAGUACAAGGCGAACCCCCGUGAAACCUACGCUUCCAAGUGGCUGGCACGGCUGAGGCAGAUGAAACGGAUCCGGGAGCGGGUGCUAGAGGAGAUCCAGAGCCGCCAAAUGAGGACAUCGCAGACGGUCGUGAACAUCGCUGCCGACGCAGCCCAGCGCAUGAGACUCAUCUCAACCAUGGACGACUUCAGCGAAUUUGUCUAAAAGUUUGGAACGCUCGCACCCGUGCAGCUAAAUCUCUUCAAAGGUGAAACUCUAAAACUGAAAGUGAAGCCAAAUAUAAAUGUGUACAGCUAUCGAUGUGGUGUUUGUAAGAGUUGCGUUUAAAAAAUAAAUUGUAGCAUAUUGUACCAAAAUGUUAGAUGGAUUCCAGUUUCUAAGCUAGCCAGUGGGGAUCUGUAAUUGGUGGCAUAUAACGGUUAAUUUGUCUAAAUCCGAGUAAACAAGGGGAAAUCUUCACUCAGUUUUUGUAUGCCAUCAACAACUGGAUGUAUGUUUGCAACUCUAUGAUCCGCAGCAUCCUCAAUGUACAGACUGAAUUUCUAAGGAGGGUUAAUUCCCAAUUGCAGCACUAGAAGUGUGGCAUUAAUAACAUUUAUAUGCAGUAGAAAAUAUAUAUAUACCCUCCAUACAAUGUGCUCCUGCCAGGUUGAACAAUUCCUUACUAUGAAACCUUGAACUGCCUUAAUACGACGGUGACUUUCUCAUUUGUUUGUUAGGUCCUCAAGUUUUUGUUAAAAUCUCAAGAGAUAACAUGCGAUAACCCCCCCCAAAAAAAAAAAUCAAUGUCAUAAUCUGCUUCCAUAUUGCACGUGUGUUUUACAAAGUGUUCGUUGUUGCUGUAACACUUAAAAAAAUGAAGUCGAAAUACAUAACACUAAGAAAUUGUAAAAAAGAGAGUUCUGAAGCUGAAUAAAAUGUCAACUAUAUUUUUAAUCUGCAAAAAAAACAUUAAGGGUUCAGCAAUAAUGCCAAUGCAUAUCUCUUAGGUUGGCCCUCUGCUGCUUUAACUGUCAUCAACAAACAAAAUUAGCUUGGCGAUUGUGGUGUGCAGUGUGACUUGUAUACUUUGUCAACAAACGGCGUGGCUCGACAUUGUACUGUGAACCUCUGUUCAUCGGGGAAUUGCUUGUUCAGGUUUGGGGUCUCAGAAGCCAUUGCAAACCAAAAACAUUUUUGUUCAAGCAUUUUCGCAAUGAAGCUCCAGCCAUCCCCCACUGAGUGACGCGAUUGUGUGCCUAUGUUUGCCCUCUUCACCCACUGAUUUGAUAUCACUUAUGUAUAUGCGCGAGCAUGUGCCGCGUUCUGAAUAGGGGUUCCACAUUUCAAGUUUUGUAAUUGCAUUGCAAUCCCAGCCACCCGCCAUCUCCAAAGUGAUGCCUAACAUCUCGAUUUUACAAUUCAGUAGAAGUGUAUAUUCAUAGCUUGGCACAAGUGCCGAAAUAUGCUUUUGGCUGGAACAGCCCUACGAUUAAAUCCUGGCGGCCACUGCAGACCCCCAUGGCUGUGCCUUGCCAUGUUCAUCAACUCUUGACCUGGCUACCCCAUGUCAGUUCCUGCCUCUUUCUCACCGCAGCGCUGCACAUCACUUCGGCACGAUUUUUGCUUGUGAAUACCCGUUUGUAAAGUUUGAAGUUACGUUGUAAUAAAAUGUUUUUAGUGCAAUUUG